AUAAACAAGAAGAAGAAGAAUUUACACACCGUGGCAAAAUAAAAAUCCUACGAAUUUUGCGUGGAUUUUCUUGAUUUCUUUCUUUGCAAUGAUUAUUCUGUCGUGUUUAUUUUGAUUAAUUGAUAAAUUGAGUUUGCCAUUUGAUAGUUGGUGUAGCUGAUAAGAGUUUGUGUGUGAAAAUGGGAGCUAAUGUGAGUCGGCAGGAUGACCUCACAAAAAAUGAGUUUCUUUGCAAAUUCGUGGGGAAGGAGCAUGUUCCGGUUGAGGAUUCAAUGUUCUGGGAGAGUUUCCUCAAGUUUCACAUAGCCUUUCCCACAAAUAGUCAAGAGCAAUUGAGUCUCGAUUCUCGUCUGGAGUCAACAUGCCAGAGUUUCAUCACCCACAACUUACUCACGGGAAAUUUGGGUUCACUGAUCUCGGUGUUCCGCAGUAAAGUGAUAGAACUACUUGCACUGUCGGAUCAGGAGAGCACCCUCCAUGUGUGGCAAUCUUUCAAUGCGCUCUUCAUCAUUAGAACCCUCGUGAAGUACAUCGUGGAGACGGGAUCUGAGUAUCAACUUCUCCAGCAUUUUGAGGCAAUGUCAAUGGGAAAGAGGGAAUCGGUGACAAAACAGGAUGAGGAAAGCACCUCUGAAACGAAUAGUCUGACCGUCGAUGGAUCGAAAUUUGAGUCCUUCCUCGAAGCAAUUGUCCAUAUUAUUGUUGUUAUACCCGUAAAGGAUUUUACAUACCAUUUGCACCUCGAGGCAGUGAAUAAUCUCAUCACUCUCCUCUCAGUGCAUCUCUAUUCUUCCCAAUCCACGGAGAAAUCCUCAAUUUACAGGGCAAUCUACAAGUGCUCACAUGGGAAUACCCUCAUGAGUGCUCUUCUGCAUUUUGUCAGUCGACGGACCCAAAUGCCCCAAUCUAUGUUUGGAGUAAAUUCAGGUGGAUCCUUUGUAUUUGGCAUCGCCGAAUCGCUUUGGUCAAUGCUAACGUUCCGUAAAUCUCAAGACAUUCUCUUGGGCGCUGACUUGGUAAAUACUUUCCGGGAUCACUUUCCACUCGCCAAUCAAAGCCUUCUACUGAUUCUCAUCCUUACAAAUCAUCACUCCUCGAAGGAGAAUCUAUAUCGCUACAGUCUAUUCAACUGCGCUAAUGCUUCAGAAGCGGAACAGUCAAAGGAUCCAAUAAGUUUCAAAAUUGACUUUUCCGUCUUGUACAAUACACUCUGCCAAAUAAUCACCAUUGAUCAGGCUACAUUACUUCUCUAUUUGUUGCUACAUCGCAACCAACGCUUCUACAAGUUCGUAAUGGCACAACCGGAUUUGCAAAAUCUCGUGAUUCCAAUUCUUCAGACACUAUAUCACGCUCCAGAUAGUACUUCGCAUCAUAUCUACAUGUCACUGAUAAUCUUGCUAAUUCUUAGUGAAGACGAUGGCUUCAACAAGAGCGUACAUCAAAUUAUGCUCAAGACUAUCACAUGGUAUACGGAGCGUUCAAUCUCAGAAAUUUCCCUCGGAGGGCUCCUAGUGCUCGUUGUAAUUCGUACAAUUCAGUACAAUAUGCUGAAAAUGCGUGACAAAUAUUUGCACACAAACUGCUUAGCUGCUCUUGCAAAUAUGUCAGGACAAUUCCGGUAUUUGCAUCCGUAUGUGGCACAGAGGAUGGUUAGUUUGUUCGAGACGCUGGCAAAGAAACACUCUCGUCUGGAUAACUUGCUAAAACAACCGGCAAAUGGUGUGAGCCUCGAUGUGCAAACAUCCAAAGAGGACAUGCUUCAGGAUUUGUCUGUGUUGGAGGAAGUUCUCCGAAUGGUUUUGGAAAUUCUCAAUUCAUGCCUUUCGCAUCAGUUGCUCUACUGCCCGAAUUUGGUGUACACCCUCCUGUACAAGAAGCAUGUUUUUGAGAAUUUUCGAUCACAUCAUGCUUUCCAGGAUAUAAUUCAGAAUAUAGAUAUGGUCGUGGGAUUCUUCUCAUCUCGCCUACAGAGGGUACAAGAGCAACGUGGUGAAUUGGGUGUUAAUGAAGUUCUCGAAGUGAUUUCCAAGGGUGCUAGUCAGUGGUCCAGUGACAGACUCAGGAAAUUUCCUGACUUAAAGUUCAAGUAUGUGGAAGAAAAUGAACCACAAGAAUUUUUCAUUCCAUACGUUUGGACACUGGUUAGUAAAUGUGGCUGUAUACAUUUUAGCUCGGAAUCAAUGAAGGGGAUAAUUACUGAAACAAUUGUAAAUUGUUAACAUGAGAAGGUAUCCCAACAUUUUAUUGUUCUUUUUUUUCUCGAUGCAUUAAGGAAAAGAUAAAAAAUAAUAAAAUGCAAAGAAUAUACGAAUUUUUUUUUGCAUAAUUCGAGCCAAGAUGAUGUAAGUUUAUAUUCAUGAAAAGAAUGUUAAAUUUUAAAACGGCUGUUGACCAUUAAUCUAUCAAAAGAAAAGCACAGGAAAAUAUCUUUCUUUCAGAAAACUAAUCUAUUCGGAUGUGUAAAUAAAAAUUUUAUUUGGCUUACUUUUUUGCUACAUAUUUCCCAAAAGAAAAACACGUUACAAUACGCCUCUGAGAGCAGAAUGAUUGGAAAUGUAUGAUAAUAAAAAAAAUAAUGGAAAAAAUUAACGGAUAUAUUAAUAAAUUAUUUUUACUAUAA